AUGAAUUCAGAGACCGAGUACACGCUUUGUAACCUUGAUUCGCACCACGGGUACCACAACACGUAUGCUUCUAACGCCGAUAUAUAUGGAUUUCAUAACAUCAACGGCCGCGGGAGUCUGGACACUGGUCAAACGGGAACUGUUUCUUAUUACAGCGGUGACGCGUCGUUGUCGCCACAGCUGGCGACGCCUGGGGAACUUCCUUUAGGUUCGGGUGGAUCGCAACAAAUGUCCAGUUACUCAGGUGGAUCUGUCGGGGUCUUGUCCAGUAGAGGAGCCAACAGAGGGCAUCACCAGGUAUAUUCUCAUAAUAUUCCAACAUCGCACCAUCACCAACAUCCGCAACAUCACCAGAAUUCAACUCAUCACCACGCUCACAACAACAACAGUGGUGGUUCGGUCAGUACUGGACAACAUCAUCAUCAUCAUGCGUUCACCACACACGAUCUCUCAAUGACCACGUCAACGGACUGCUAUCCAGCCGCGCUGUCGGGGUCCACGCAACAUAGUGGACAGCAGCAUAGCUUGACCACGGCUCCUAAUUUUCUAGAAAUCGCUUCCAUGAGGUCCAGUUAUCAUAAUUCCGGUAUACCCAGGGAUACCGCAAAAUACGGAACCGGCAGCCCGGGGCCGGCGUGUUUGGUGGGUGCGCCAGUUGGACUGAGUAACGGGUAUCUCCCGGCACUGUCUUCCUCAGCUCUCAAGUCUGAGGGUUGUAACAGCCAACAGGGCAUUCAAGGAAAACCGUUCAGGUGGAUGACCAUUAAAAGGAACCCAACAAAGCCAGAUAUCAAUCAUUCAUUCCAGAAGUUGCCAACCCCAAUGAAGAUUGGCUGCAACAUCUCUUCAACACUCUGUUAUUUCUUGUUAACUUUUUCCCCCUGCUUGUUUCCAUGUCUACCUCUUGUUAGUUUGCCUUCAAUUUUACUUUCAGUUGAGCGAGAUGUAUCUGUUCUUUCACGUUUAGAUAUACUAGACAUUGAGAACUGA